GAAGAGGGCGACAGGACCGAAACAGAGGAGUGCAACGUUCAACAACUUUUUUCUUUUUUGACCAGUUUAUUUGUGGAUUUUUCGCUAGAAUUUUAUUGUUGGGUCUCCGAAGAAGCCAUUAAAGAUGCCGAGCAUGGAAAAAAAUCUCUUCAAUCUAAAGUUUGCUGCCAAAGAGCUCCAAAGAAAUUCAAAGAAAUGUGACAAAGAGGAAAAAUUAGAGAAGGCAAAAGUCAAGAAGGCCAUCCAGAAGGGGAACAUGGAAGUGGCGAGGAUCCACGCAGAGAACGCCAUCAGACAGAAGAAUCAGUCUGUGAACUUCCUGAGGAUGAGCGCCCGAGUCGACGCCGUGGCAGCGAGAGUCCAGACGGCGGUUACAAUGAACCAGGUCACAAAAUCUAUGGCCGGAGUGGUGAAAGGCAUGGACGCCACUCUGAAGAGUAUGAAUCUCGAAAAGAUUUCAGCUCUCAUGGACAAAUUUGAACAUCAGUUUGAAACUCUGGACGUUCAGACUGCUCAGAUGGAAGACACCAUGAGCAGCACGACGACUCUCACAACACCACAGAAUCAAGUGGAGUCGUUGCUGCAUGAAAUGGCAGAUGAAGCAGGAUUGGACCUGAACAUGGAGCUCCCUCAAGGACAGACAGGAUCUGUGGGUACCAGCGUAGCCUCUGCAGAACAGGACGAACUGUCUCAAAGGCUCGCCAAGCUCAGAGAUCAGAUGUGAAGAGCAGAACGAGAACCGUUCUACACACCUGAUAGACACUACCUGACUAUAACGCCCUCUUCUAGACAUCAUGUCUGCUUUUUCCCUCCUCUUUGCAUUUUCUGUCAGGUGAGAAGCAACUGUAAAGAGUAAUUGUUCCCUUAAACUUACGGCGCCUGUUGGUUUUUUGAUUUCCAGCUUCAUAUUAAUAAAAAUGAAAUUAAAAAUUGUAAUUGGAACAUU